AGCCGGGAGACCGCGCCGUAGUCGCUGCGCGUCCGCCUGCUCGCUCGCCCUGAGUCUAGCCGGGAGCUGCGAGGAGGCGUCAUGUAACCGCAACAGCCAACCCACCUUGUAUUUUACAACUCUUUUUUUUUUUUCCUGGAGGGGCGGGGGGCGCGGUAACAUUGUAUCUCCGCCUCCUCCACUUUUUAGCCUACACCCCCUUUACCAGCUGCAUCUGCGUCUAAAAAAAUUAAGGGGAUUGGGGGAGGGCGGGGGGCGGUAAAUCAGAGUUGGACCUGCCAUUCCCCCCCACCGCGCCGAGAGGACAACCAUGACGGAGGAGAGCUCCGAGGUUCCCAGGGAGUUGAUCGAAAGCAUAAAGGAUGUUAUUGGCAGAAAGAUAAAAAUUUCAGUGAAGAAGAAAGUCAAGUUGGAAGUCAAAGGAGACAAAGUUGAAAACAAAGUGCUGGUACUCACAUCAUGCCGGGCCUUCCUUGUAACAGCACGAAUCCCCACCAAGUUGGAGUUAACUUUCAGCUACUUGGAGAUUCAUGGUAUCGUCUGCAACAAGCCAGCUCAGAUGGUUGUAGAAACUGAGAAGUGCAGCAUCUCCAUGAAGAUGGCCUCAUCUGGCGAUGUGAGCGAAGUGCUGGCUCACAUGGGCACCUGCCUGAGGAAGAUAUUUCCUGGUCUCUCUCCAAUGAGAAUCAUGAGGAAAGUCUCCAUGGAACCUUCUGAGCGACUGGCCAGUCUCCAGGCUCUGUGGGACAGCCAGACUGUGCCUGAGCAGGGUCCCUGUGGUGGAUUUUCUCAGAUGUAUGCCUGUGUUUGUGAUUGGCUUGGAUUUUCAUAUAGGGAAGAAGUACAAUGGGAUGUGGAUACAAUUUAUCUGACACAAGACACCCGGGAAUUGAAUUUACAAGACUUCAGUCAUCUUGAUCACAGGGACCUAAUACCUAUCAUUGCUGCCCUGGAAUAUAAUCAGUGGUUCACAAAGCUAUCUUCUAAGGAUUUAAAACUGUCAACUGAUGUCUGUGAACAGAUUUUGAGAGUGGUGAGUAGGUCUAAUCGACUAGAAGAAUUAGUGUUGGAAAAUGCUGGACUUAGAAUAGAUUUUGCACAAAAACUGGCCAGUGCUUUAGCACACAAUCCCAACUCAGGACUCCACACCAUUAAUCUUGCUGGCAACCCACUGGAGGACCGAGGUGUGUCCUCUUUAAGUACUCAAUUUGCCAAACUCCCAAAGGGAUUAAAGCAUUUAAAUUUAUCUAAAACCUCCUUGUCACCUAAAGGGGUGAAUAGCCUUUCUCAGUCACUCAGUGCCAACCCAUUGACUGCCAGCACCCUUACUCAUCUAGACCUCUCAGGAAAUGUCCUUCGAGGAGAUGACCUCUCGUAUAUGUACAACUUUUUGGCCCAGCCAAAUGCCAUUGCUCACUUGGAUUUAUCUAAUACAGAAUGUUCUCUGGAUAUGGUCUGUGGCGCUCUUCUCCGUGGAGGCCUUCAGUAUUUAGCUGUGCUCAAUCUCUCCAAAACUGUCUUUUCUCACAGGAAAGGAAAAGAAGUACCCCCAUCUUUCAAACAGUUUUUUAGUAGUUCGCUGGCUCUAAUGCAGAUCAACCUUUCAGGAACAAAAUUGGCUCCUGAGCCCUUAAAAGCACUGUUACUGGGCUUGGCUUGUAAUCAUAACUUAAAAGGAGUUUCUCUUGAUCUCAGCAACUGUGAGCUGAGAUCAGGAGGUGCUCAAGUAUUAGAAGGCUGCAUUGCUGAAAUCCACAACAUCACCAGCUUAGACAUCUCUGACAAUGGUUUAGAAUCUGAUCUAUCUACAUUAAUAGUGUGGCUCAGUAAAAACAGAUCAAUACAACACCUGGCGUUAGGCAAAAAUUUUAAUAAUAUGAAAUCCAAAAAUCUGACACCUGUGUUGGACAACUUGGUACAGAUGAUUCAAGAUGAAGAAUCACCUCUGCAGUCCUUGUCCUUAGCCGACUCAAAGCUCAAGGCCGAGGUCACCAUAAUCAUCAAUGCCCUGGGAAGCAACACUUCCUUGACUAAAGUGGACAUCAGCGGGAAUGGCAUGGGGGAUAUGGGAGCAAAGAUGUUGGCCAAAGCAUUGCAGAUCAACACCAAGCUCAGAACUGUAAUUUGGGACAAGAACAACAUUACUGCUCAAGGCUUUCAAGAUAUAGCUGUUGCUCUGGAAAAGAACUACACAUUGAGGUUUAUGCCAAUUCCUAUGUAUGAUGCAUCUCAAGCUCUGAAAACAAACCCUGAAAAAACAGAAGAGGCUCUGCAGAAGAUAGAAAACUAUCUGCUUCGAAAUCAUGAGACUAGAAAAUACCUCCAAGAGCAGGCCUAUCGUCUACAGCAAGGUAUUGUCACCAGCACCACACAGCAGAUGAUUGACAGAAUAUGUGUGAAAGUACAAGAUCAUCUCAACUCUUUACGGAACUGUGGAGGGGAGGCUGUUCAGGAAGAUUUAAAAUCAGCGGAAAGACUCAUGCGUGAUGCUAAGAACUCUAAAACAUUGUUACCGAAUUUAUACCAUGUUGGUGGUGCUUCUUGGGCAGGAGCCAGUGGCUUAUUAUCCAGCCCAAUUCAGGAGACACUGGAAUCAAUGGCUGGAGAAGUUACAAGAGUUGUAGAUGAACAACUAAAGGCUUUGCUUGAGUCCAUGGUUGAUGCUGCCGAGAAUCUUUGUCCCAAUGUGAUGAAAAAAGCCCACAUUCGACAAGACUUGAUUCAUGCCAGCACUGAAAAAAUAUCCAUCCCUCGUACUUUUGUUAAAAAUGUUCUGUUGGAGCAGUCUGGAAUUGAUAUCCUUAACAAAAUUAGUGAAGUGAAGUUGACAGUGGCCUCUUUCUUGUCUGAUCGAAUUGUGGAUGAAAUUCUGGAUGCACUCUCACACUGCCAUCACAAACUGGCUGAUCAUUUCAACAGACGUGGCAAGACCAUUCCUCAGCAGGACUCGUUAGAGAUUGAACUGGCUGAAGAGAAGCCAGUGAAACGUUCCCUUAUUACUGUGGAGGAGCUCACAGAGAUAGAACGUUUGGAAGAUCUGGAUACUUGUAUGAUGACUCCUAAAUCCAAAAGGAAGAGUAUCCAUAGCCGAAUGUUGCGGCCUGUUUCUAGGGCUUUUGAAAUGGAGUUUGAUCUGGAUAAAGCCUUGGAAGAGGUUCCAAUUCACAUUGAAGAUCCUCCUUUCCCUUCCAUCAGACAAGAGAAACGAAGCUCAGGAUUCAUCUCAGAAUUGCCCUCAGAGGAAGGGAGGAAGUUGGAACACUUUACUAAAUUAAGACCAAAACGGAAUAAGAAGCAGCAACCAACCCAGGCAGCGGUUCGUGCUAUCAGCGUUGUCUCCCAUGAUGGUGAACAGAAUGGUCUUAUGGGGAGAGUAGAUGAAGGUGUAGAUGAAUUUUUCACCAAGAAGGUGACCAAGAUGGAUUCCAAGAGAUCCUCAGCAAGAGGCUCAGAGUCCCAUGAGCUCAGUGAAGGAGGAGAUGAAAAGAAAAAGAGAGAUUCUCGGAAAAGUGGCUUUCUCAAUUUAAUCAAAUCUCGAUCCAAAGCUGAGCGACCGCCAACGAUUUUAAUGACAGAUGAGCCUUCCUCACCAAAAGGGCUUGUCAGAAGUCCAGCUGUGGACAUACCCAGGAAGGAAACAAAGCCUGCUGAGUACAAUGGCAGUUCUGAUCGAAUAGAAGAGAUAAAAACACCUGACUCUUUUGAAGAGAGCCAAGGGGAAGACAUGGGAAGGGUGGAGCGGAGUGACAGCAAGAGCAGCCCCCAGGGAGGGCGAAGGUAUGGGGUCCAGGUGAUGGGCAGUGGUUUGCUGGCUGAGAUGAAAGCCAAGCAAGAGAGGAGAGCCGCAUGUGUGCAGAAGGAUUCUCCAAACCUGGCCUUGGGAAGCAUGGAGCGUUUAGAUGGAAGUGGGGCAGUGCCUAAACUUCAUCCAGGGCUUCCGGAGAACCGCUUUGGCUUGGGGGCACCAGAGAAGAAUGUCAAAGCUGAACCCAAAAUGGAAGCAAGCUCCAGGUCUCGGAGCAAUUCUGGCACCCCAACCAGCCCUAAGCCACUCCUUCAGUCCCCCAAGCCCACCCUGGCAGCACGUCCCACCAUCCCACAGAAACCGAGAACCACCUCCCGUCCUGAUGACAUUCCUGACUCUCCAUCUGGCCCUAGUCCCCCUAAAGUUGCUCUUCUACCACCUGGUCUGAAAAAAAAUUCUUUGGACAAGGAGAAAGAUGGCCAGAGUAGUCCCCAGCCCAGUCCCAGGACAAUUUCCCAAGAAGUAGUGCAAAGAGGAGAUUAUUACAAAAGACAUUCAGAUCAUGACAGUGACAAGCCUUCCAGUAGAGGGAAAAGAUCUUCAAAACUGUACUCCACCAUUGCAGAAGAGGAAGUGAAUGCAAUUGGGCACAGGAAGUCACAGCCAACAAAUGUUUCAAGGAGAAGCUGGGGCCAGCAGGUCCAAGAGACUCCAGAACAAAAGCAAUGGUCCUCCAGUAAAGAUGGCCAACAAGGCAGCAAGUCUAGUGACUCCGGGGAAGAAGCAGAAAAAGAUUUUAUUUUUGUGUAAAAGUCACCCAUGGAUAAAUCCGUGUGGGGUGCUUUGUUAGCCCUGAGAGAGGAGCCAAGGGCACACUACUUCCUGGGAGCUCUGUUCUUGGUGCUGCUUUCCUCUCUUUAUUCGCUCUCUCUCUCUAAAGACAAAUAGAUCCAAUUCCAAUUUUUUUGGUGUUCAGAGUACAUUUGUUUGGUUUUCUCCCAGUCCUUGGUGUUUGAUUUCCAAGCAUUCUUCUUUAUGCCUUCAAUGAAUGCCAGCAAAUCAGCCCUACUUGAAUUUCUCUUAGGUAGCUACAGUUUGCCCUACGAGAUGAGUUUUUGGAGCUAAACAAAGUUAACUGGACACAUACAAGUAACAAGAUCCAGCUGAAUGUGGGAUAGAUACUGCUGCGAGUAUCUGAGUCAAACCUGCACUAGACUCUAUAGAGCAAUUUAUUCUUAAUGUAUGCAAUUGCACAUUGUAAUUAUAUUAACAGAGCACACUAAUAAAUAAUUUGUAUAGAUUAUAUAUAUCAAAUCUUGGGUAUGGUUUUUACAUUCUCCUAUGAGGAACUUCCUCCUUCCUGGUGUGGAAUUGUACAUUUAAACUUGAUCGGUGACCUUCACACAUUCUCAUCAGCAAGCACAGGGAAAUAAGAGAGAAAAAGAAGCUGAUUCUAUCACGUGCCCAGAUUAAUGUGUAUAGUUGAUUGGAAUGAGGUUUUAUGAAUAUUUUGUGUUUUUUGGAGGCCUUUAAUUUCUGUUUGCAUAUUAGCUUUUAAUGUAUGAUUUGAAGAGAGACUACUUUGACACCUGUAAAAAAAUUAAAAUAAUACUCUUUCUAAGACAUUUCACAAAUAUUCACUUACAGGCUGAAGGUAUUUUAUUCAUAUGUAUAUUUAUACCAAUAAAAUGAUUUUACAAGUGGAA